GGCCACGGGCCUACACUCGGCUCUCCACUCUGUGUAGUACGCCAUGUGUCACUCUCGCAGCAACCUCCCCACCAUGACCGUCCUGCGGGCCCCGACCCCGGCCCCCCCCACCAGCCCGGGACCCCGGCGGGGCUCCGGUCCCGAGAUCUUCACCUUCGACCCUCUCCCGGAGCUCGCGGCAGUUCCUACAGCGCGCGCCAGCAUCUCCCGCGUGCACCGAAAGCGCAGCCGUAGGGUCCUCUACCCACCGAUGGUCCGGCGCCAGCUGCCAGUCGAGGAUUCUAGCCCUGCCAAAAGGCUUCUCUUUCUCCUGCUCACCAUCAUCUUUUGCCAAAUCCUGAUGGCUGAAGAGCGUAUGUCGGCACCUCUGGCCCCGGAGGACGCCCCCAGCGCCGCGGCCCCCGAGCCCACCACUGAGACCCCGGUCUUCGAGCCGCUGAAUGUGACCUUGGAACCCUCGGACUACGCUCUGGACUUCAGUACCUUCCUCCAACAACACCCGGCCGCCUUCUAACUGGGACUCCCCACACCCACCAAAAUAAUCUGAAAAACCAAAGAAACACCAGGUGUACCUGGUACAUGAGACCGUAUCCCAAACUGGGACUCUCCAGGCAACUCAGACUCGACACUACAAGGAGAGGUCAGCUGAUGCCUGGGAUGUGGACGUGCAGCGACUACCCUGGGCCAGGACGGAGGGGGAGAAGAGCGUUAUUUUUCAUUGCGCGUAAUUAAUAUUUAUAUGUAUUUAUGUCCCCCUAGGUGAUGGAGGGGUGUAUAUAAUAUUUAUUUUAACUUAUGCAAGGGUGCGAGAUGUGCCCCUUGCUGCAAAUGUGGGUCUUUCAGUAUUUAUUGAGCUCCGUGGGACUGGUGAAGGCAGGGCGCCUGAAACUGAGCAAGCUUCGGGAGAAGGAAUAGAGAGGACUGGGGUCCGGGAGGGCGCCCGGUCUGGGAGUUAAGGACGGUGGUGGAUCGUAAGUUUAGGGGCUGACACUCUCCGUCCUCCAGCGUGGACGUUGGGAAUAAGUUCCUUGAACUUUGAUCUCUUCGAAGUUGCCCCAAAGGGGUAGUAGCUACGGGGUCAGGGGUCGGUGGGCGGGCUGUGGGGUCGCCUGGUGUGUUCUGUGAACACAAAUAAAUUCGAUUGUCAGCAGUCA